AUGACGCAAACAACGACGUACCACCACUCUCGCGGGGGCCAUACUAACCAACACCAGGGUGGUGCUACUAUCACCCAAUCACCGUCGGACUCGGCGGCGACGGUCGAGUUGAAAACGACGCUCCACGAGCUGCGACAAACCCGCGAAGAAAUUUCGGACGAAAUCAAAUCUCUCGGACCGAUUCCUCGUCGUAAGAAACAAUCAUCGUCCGAACGACAACAAGAACGAGGGGGAGAAGAAGAAGAAGAAGCAAUGAUGACAGCACCAAAGAAACGAACGAGAGAAAACAGAGACUCAGGGGGUUCGUUGAAAGAAGAUCCGGAGAGAAAACGUUCGAAACGAAUGUUUGGGAACUUAGUCUUGGGAACUUUGCAGAGAUCGAAAACGGAUUUGCUGAAAACGCGAGAUCGCGAGACGCAACGGAAAGAUUUACUCCGAGAAGCGGAAACGAAAGCGGUGACGAGAAACGAAGAGAUUUAUAAAGAAUUUAAAGAGAAAUACUGGGAAAAACGCGAAGCUUUGAUUCAGAAGCAAAUAGAUUUAGAUGUCGACAUGAAAUAUAAGCAGAGAGAGUUGUAUCGCUCGAUGGCGGCGGAUUGCGAGCGGGAAAUCGCGAACGGGAAGUUACGGACGGAAGCGUUGCCAAGGGUGUUUUGGAAGCCGAAGAAAGAGACGAUUCAGACGCAGUCGAUGUUGGCGAGACAACCCGGGAAAGUUGAGGAGUGGUUGAAGACGAAGAUGAUGGAGGUGGACGACGGAUUGGAGAGGAUCGCGAAGAGGAAACAAACGUAG